GACUGCCAGGGAGCCUCAGGACUCCCAGAGGUGCUCCAGGCACAGAGGGAGGAACGGGCCUUCCAUCUCCCUCCCCCCUUCACUGCAGAGGCUGGGUCGGGCCAGGCGCCCGGGGAGGAGGCGGUGUCCCUGGCUCCCAGCCCGCCGGUGCAGCGGGGCAGGGCUGGACCAGAAGGGGUGGGGCACCGUGCCUGGUAUAAGAGGCAGCCAGGGCACCGAGGCAAUGAGCUAUCUGCUCAGCUUAAUAGCAGGACGCUGGCAACAGGCGCUCCCUGCUCCAGUCCAGCCUGCCCGCUCCACCGCCGCUAUGGUCUCCGUGCCUACCACCUGGUGCUCCGUUGCGCUAGCCCUGCUCGUGGCCCUGCAUGAAGGGAAGGGCCAGGCUGCUGCCACCCUGGGGCAGCCAGCGUCCUCAUCUCAUGCCCAAGGCACCCACCUUCGGCUUCGCCGUUGCUCCUGCAGCUCCUGGCUCGACAAGGAGUGCGUCUACUUCUGCCACUUGGACAUCAUCUGGGUGAACACUCCUGAACAGACAGCUCCUUACGGCCUGGGAAACCCGCCAAGACGCCGGCGCCGCUCCCUGCCAAGGCGCUGUCAGUGCUCCAGUGCCAGGGACCCCGCCUGUGCCACCUUCUGCCUUCGAAGGCCCUGGACUGAAGCCGGGGCAGUCCCAAGCCGGAAGUCCCCUGCAGACGUGUUCCAGACUGGCAAGACAGGGGCCACUACAGGAGAGCUUCUCCAAAGGCUGAGGCCUGGAAGUGGACUUUUUAGAGGGUUUGAAGGCUCAUGACUGGGAAGGACCACAGUUGUUCGUUCAGGCUGUGCUGAAUGGAGCAUCUCACACAUGCUGGGGUCCAGAGGGGCCAACUGCCCAGCCUGCUCCCUCUCUGCUGCCCAGAUUGCAUCUCCUCCGUGGUGCCUCAGUGUGAGUCAGACCUGACCCCCAGGAGGUGCCCACGAAUGCUUGUUCAACCAAACCAACUCAAGAACAGACACUUGCACCUGCCGGGCAGCAGAGUGGCUGUAGGGGCAGCCUCUGGGGCAGACUGCUUGAUCUGAACCCCAGCCCAGCCUGGUACAAGCUUUGUGACCUUGGGUUUGCCCCUCAACUUCACUGUGCCUCUAGUUCCUAUGAUUUGAACAGGAGAAACAGGGAAAUUGUGCCAUCCAUCCCCGCCUGGGGUUGCUGUGAGGUCAGAUGAGUGGACGCACAUGAAGUGUGUAGCCCAGGGUCUGUGCCCGUGGGAGCUGUGGAGGGGUUUGCCAUUCCCACUUCUGUCACUGAGGGUUCCUCACAGCUGGCCAGGUCCCAGGGCCCAGCUCAGCCCUUCAGAGAUUCUCACCUUUUGGGGGCGGCAGAAAAACAGGAGAAAAGGCAGGAUGGUGGGAUGGACAGGACCCAACAUAUACUUAGGAACUUUCUGAGAAUGAAAAAUAUGAGUACAAGACUUUUCAAAUGCGCACACUUCAUGGUGUGCAGAGCUGGCUCGGCCAACCUUGUACUCAUUCUCAGCAGUUCAGGCCUGUUUUUGUUUUACAAGCUAAGAAAGGGGAUCAGAGAGGCUGAGAUUGUUGCCCAAGUUUCCUUAGCUAGGAACUGAAGCCAGCCUCCUGGCUCCCAGUUUAGAGUUCUUUGAGCCAGGAUGUGGCCACCCAGCCAGGUUCAAAGGGCAGCGGGGUGCCCUGUUUUCUGGGCUGGACUACCUUGAACCGGACCUCGAGGAAUGAGUAGAAUUUUAGCAGGUGGCUUCUGGGUGAGGGGAAUACACACAGCCUGGAGGGAAGAGCAGGAGCAAAGGUGUGGAAAGCUGUGGAAAGAAGUGGGAAGGCAGAUGACGGGAGACCCACAGGGCUGUGCUUGGCUGUCCACUCAUUCUGGCAGCAUUUGAUGUUGAACAUUAGCUCUGUCAAAGCCCCCAUGUGCAGAGAAGCUUCAACGCCUGGGCUGGCCUGCGCUGGUUGUGCAGACCUUGUUUUCAGGCUGUGGCCACUCUCUGACCCCAGGGCCGCUGUGACCCCAGGAUCUGGGCAAGGGCUGUAGCCCCAUUGCCCCUGUUCUCAUGGGGAGCUCUUGGACAGUCCAUAUCUCCUGAGAUGCUAAGUUGACCCUUCUUGAUUCCCAGGGACAUUUCCACAGUCAAGAGCCUCUUUGCCAAGCGACAACAGGAGGCCAUGCGGGAGCCUCGGUCC